GAGUGAUGUGGAAACCACCUGUGCUGUGUGAAGGACCAUUUGAUAAUGGGAAGGAACAGAACAUCUGAUAAAUGGAAGCCAUGAAAAUAUCAAAGCGGUUCUUCGCUUUUGGGAUUUUGACAUGCAUAGCUAUUUAUGUUGCAUAUAUAAAAUGGCACUUGGAUACCAAACCGCUCAUGGGAGCAGCAGAAGGAAUCGCUGAAAGCAGGGGAGAUAAUCUGAACCAUCAGGCAGUGACCACAGACCUCUCAGUCUUUUAUGGGAUUAUGUUUGACGCAGGAAGCACAGGAACUCGCAUCCACAUUUUUAAAUUUACACAGCAGCCAAAAGAGACUCCUAAACUAACCCAUGAGACGUUCAGAGCACUGAAACCAGGUCUGUCUGCAUAUGCUGAUGAUGUCGAAAAGAGUGGACAGGGAAUAAAAGAGCUCUUGGAGGUGGCAAAAAAGGAAGUUCCUAUGGAGCUGUGGAAGUUUACUCCUCUGGUCCUGAAAGCCACAGCUGGCCUACGGUUGCUGCCAGGAGAGAAAGCUCAGAAGUUGCUGGAUAAGGUGAAGGAGAUUUUUCAGACCUCCCCCUUCUUUGUGAGAGACAACUGUGUGUCAAUAAUGAAUGGAACUGAUGAAGGUAUUUCAGCCUGGAUCACAAUAAAUUUUUUAACAGGUAGGCUAGAUGAUCCGCAGAAGAGAAGUGUAGGGAUGCUGGAUUUGGGUGGUGGAUCCACACAGAUCACCUUCCUUCCGCGCACUGAGGCAACUCUCCAGACAUCACCAGCUGGCCACACAACUUCAUUUCAGAUGUUUAACCACACCUACAAGCUGUAUUCGUACAGUUACCUGGGGCUCGGGCUGAUGUCGGCAAGACUCGCCAUUUUGGGAGGAGUUGAGGGAAAACCCUUAGGAGAAGGGGAGGAAUUGAUCAGUCCUUGUUUACCACCUGGCUUCAAAUCUGAAUGGCAACAUGCUGAGAUCGUGUACAAAAUUAAAGGACAGAAGGCAGGUGAGCCUCUGUAUGAGUCUUGUUCUAACAAAGUGGCAAAGAUGCUCUACAAAAAGGUGCAUAAAGCUGAGGAAGUGAAGGACUUGGAUUUUUACACUUUUUCCUACUACUAUGACCGUGCAGCAGAAGCUGGUUUCAUAGAUAAAGAAAAAGGAGGAAGUUUAACAGUCAGUGACUUUGAAAUUGCUGCUAAAUAUGUAUGUAAGACCAUGGAAAUCAGCCCCGGCAGCAGUCCUUUUCUCUGCAUGGACCUCACAUACAUCACCUUCCUCCUGCAAGAGCUGGGCUUCCCCAAGAGCCAAGUCUUUAAGCUUGCCCGGAAAAUUGACAAUGUUGAAACGAGCUGGGCCUUAGGAGCCACGUUCCAUUACAUCGACUCACUCAAUAGACUGCAGUACUAA